AUGGAAGGCCCAAGCGAAGCUAUCAGGCCUUCCUCUCAGCAUAUAUCGCUGUUGCGGAAGUGGCUUAUCGUCUUGAUAGUCUGCACCGGUAGUGUCUGCGUAACAUGCGCGAGCUCCAUCUACACCACGACCUACGACCAGAUAACCGCCGAGUUUGACACACCUCCACUGCUUGCAACAGGCGGACUGUCCACCUUCGUUCUUGGCAUCGGGUUAGGGCCCUUACUAACAGGCCCUCUGAGUGAACACUACGGCCGAAGACCUAUCUACCUGAUUUCCUGGUCACUAUUUAUCAUAUGGACGAUCCCAUCAGCUGUUGGAACAAAUAUACAAACUCUCAUUAUUGCUCGGUUUUUCCAGGGGUUCGCAGGCGGCACGUUCCUCUCUGUAGCAGGGGGCACAGUGAGCGACAUCUUUGCAAAGGAUGAAAUCCAGAAACCGAUGGCUGUUGUCUCGUUGGCACCAUUCGUAGGUCCUAGUCUAGGACCUGUGCUUGGAGGCUUCGUUAACUAUUAUGCGCCGUGGAGGUGGACAUGGUAUUUUGUGAUUAUCUGGGGGGCGGUGCUGCUGGGGUUUAUUGUGAUUCUAGCGCCGGAGACGAGAGUGAACAUCAGAGAGCGAGGUGCACCUGAGUCUGAAAGCUCUCAGAAAGGAAUAAGAGUCACCGCCAGAGCACUAUCGGUAUCCCUUCUCAGGCCGUUCCAGAUGCUGUUCAUGGAGCCCAUGUGCCUCUGUCUAGACCUUUAUUCAGCCAUUCUCCUCGGUAUUCUGUACCUCUUUUUCGGCGCAUUUCCUCUCGUCUUCAAAACGACUCACGGAAUGAACCUUUGGCAAGUAGGGUUGACGUUCCUCGGAAUCAUUUUUGGAAUGUUGAUAGCAGCUGCGAGCAAUCCAUUAUGGAACAACAUUCGCACACGUCUGGUCGUGAGAAGAGACCAAGUGGGGUCUGGAACGAGUGAACCGGAGUACCGGUUGCCUCCAGCCAUCCUCGGUAGUCUCUUGAUCCCGUUUGGCCUAUUUUGGUUCGGCUGGACGAUGUAUCCGUCUGUGCAUUGGAUGGUGCCGGUAGUGGGAUCUGCAGUGUUCGGGUGUGGAGUACUUUUGGUAUUCACUGGGGUUUUUACGUUUUUCGUUGAUGCGUAUCCAAGGUAUGCUGCGUCAGCACUGGCGGCAAAUGGAUUUGUCAGAUGCACAUCGGCGGCCGCAUUUCCACUGUUCGGGAACCAAAUGUACGAGAAACUCGGACAUCAGUGGGCCACGAGCGUCCUGGCAUUUCUGACCGUGGCGAUGAUGCCGUUUCCCUGGCUCUUUUUUGGGUAUGGGAAACUGCUCAGGAAGAGGAGUAGCUUUGCAGUCGAUACUUGA